GACACGCGUCCAUUGUAGAAGAAGAAACAGCGCGACGGUCAGAAAAAUCUCGAUUUUUAUUUAAUUAUAAUUAAUCGUAUUUCAAGCCGAGGAAUAAAAGUGACACCAGGGUAAUUAGUUAGCUCGUGUUAGCAUGAGUUAGCGCCAUGAUGGAGCAGGAGGAAGCAGGAAGGAGUGCUGCUGCUGCUGAUAAAGUUUUCACGUUUGAAGAUAAAAACACGGAAGAGAAACUUGUUGUCUCCAUUCCUGAGGUUCUGGACCCGCAGCACGGGAUGCACGUGUGGCCCUCUGCUGUGGUUCUGGCCCAGUACCUGUGGACCCAUCGGGCCGAGCUGAAAGGCAGGACGGUUCUGGAGCUGGGUGCAGGUGUGGGUCUGCCAGGUGUGGUGGCGGCGCUGUGCGGUGCGCAGGUGAUCCUGUCCGACAGCUCGGACUCACCUGAGUGUCUGCAGAAUCUGAGGAGGAGCUGCCGGGCUAACGGGCUGCACCGAGUCCCCGUGCUGGGACUCACCUGGGGGGACGUGUCCCCGGACCUCAUGGCGCUCCCAGAGCUGGACGUGGUCCUGGGAUCAGACGUCUUCUACGAUCCGGAGGACUUUGAAGACGUUCUGGUGACGUUCGUCUGUCUCCUCAGGAAGAACCCCAAGGCUCAGUUCUGGUCUACGUACCAGGUCAGAAGUGCCGACUGGUCCCUGCAGGUUCUGCUCCACAGGUGGGACCUGAGCUGUGUCCAAGUCCAGCUGGACGAGUUUGGUGCAGAUAAACCUGAACUGGCCGGGUCCGGUCUGCCGGGGAGCCACAGCAUCCAGAUGAUGAUCAUCAGCCAGGAGGAGGGGAGGGGUUAACCAAUCAGAGUCCUUGGUUAGGUCUGCUGGACCAGAACCCAGACCUAAACCCAGUGUUGGACCAGAAUCCAGACCUAGACUCAGUGUUGGACCAGAAUCCAGACCUAGACCCAGUGUUGGACCAGAAUCCAGACCUAGACUCAGUGUUGGACCAGAACCCAGACCUAGACCCAGUGUUGGACCAGAAUCCAGAUCUAAACCCAGUGUUGGACCAGAACCCAGACCUAGACCCAGUGUUGGACCAGAAUCCAGACCUAGACUUAGUUGGACUCUCUGAGUGGAUCUGGACCCAGAAGCACCUGAACCUCUGUGAAAAGUGUGAGGCCUCCUGUGAGCAGCAGGGGGCGGAGUUUCACUGCAAAGAACCCAGGUUCUGUUGGAUCAGGGUCUGUGGUUCUGUUGGAUCAGGGUCUGUGGUUCUGUUGGAUCAGGGUCUGUGGUUCUGUUGGAUCAGGGUCUGUGGUUCUGUGUGGUUCUNCUG